AUGCAAAAAAGAACUUUCCAUUUAACUGCUCCAAAUACUACUGACUAUAAAUGUUUUAUUUCAAACAGGAACUCGCUUCGAAAAGCCUUUGAACUUUGGGAAUCUGCUUCAUCACUGCGAUUUGUUGAAAAACCCGAUGACGAGAAGACAGAUGUUGAAAUAUCAUUUGCCCGAAAAGUUCAUGGAGACAAAAUGCCGUUUGACGGGAAAUACGGAAUAAUUGCUCAUGCCUUUUAUCCAACCGAUGGCCAUUUACAUUUUGACGCUGACGAAAUGUGGACAUUCAACAGCAAUCAGGGUAUUAACUUUUAUCAGACAGCAGUUCACGAAAUCGGCCACCUGAUUGGACUGGAACAUUCCACUGAUGAACGUGCAGUGAUGUAUCCGGCGAACAAGCCCUACAGUGCUGCAUUCACAUUGGCAGAUGAUGAUAUUCGUGGCGUUCGAAAACUUUAUUCAACAUUCCCUAAUAUUAAUGUUAAUAUUAAUAAUAUUAAUAAGAGUCAAAAUAUUGAACAGCAUAAUGAAACUGUGUAG